AUGAAAUUUUCCAUAAUCAUUGCAAUCGUCUUUGGCCUAUUAUCGAUGACGCUCAUGCUCAUUGAAGCUAAUAGUACCGUGUGGAUACAUAACAAGGUGACGAGAGGUACAUGGACACAUGUUUCAGCCGCCGAAACUAAAGACGGCGAUUCAUUCGACGAAGAUGGUGAUUGGGCGCACCAUGGUUAUUCUGUGUCUAUCCCUAAUUCAGUAAAUUCAUAUUGGCUCAAAUUCAGUGUUACUUUAAGUGGUGAAGAUAACAAAUGGCGCGGCCCAAUCCUUAAUAAUGGGGAUAGAUGUUUUCACCUCCAUGGUACAAUAGAUACUUGGAAAGUAUUUGAUUGUUAA